CGUAUUUGUGGUGCGCCUUCAAAAUAGAGGUUUUGUUGACUUGAGAAUUGUUGUUUUCUCGGUGAGGGAUUGAAAUCUACAAAGUAAGACACACCUGGAAGAAGCGUGUAGUACACACACACACCUGGAAGGAGUGUGUAGUACACACACAAUCAUGUCGCUGCAGUUAACUCUCAUGGCGGCCUGGACCUUCACGGCUGGCGUGGGUGAAACGUGGCGACCUCCGGACUCCUCGUACGUCGCUGCGGUGUACGAACAUCACCUGAUCCAGAACCCCAGGCCCCUGGUCCCCGUGUCCCGGCAGCAGGCCCUGCAGCACAUGCAGGAGAACUUGGACGUGUACGAGGCGCAAGCAGCCCUGGCAGCCCGGCAGGGUGCAGACAUCGUGGUGUUUCCAGAAGAUGGUCUUCAGGGGUUCAACUUCAGCCGCUCCUCAAUUUCUGGCUACCUGGAGACGGUUCCUGACCCCCGAGAGGAGAAGUGGAACCCCUGCACGGAGCCCCGCAGGUUUAACAACACAGAGGUUCUCCAGCAGUUGAGCUGCAUGGCUCGCCGCCACAACCUCUACGUGGUAGCCAACAUGGCCGACCUGCAGCCCUGCCCCCUGAGGACAGACCCCGCCUCUUCCUGUCCCCCCGAUGGACGCUGGCAGUUCAACACCGACGUGGUUUUCAGGUCAGACGGGCUGCUGGUGGCUCGUUACCAUAAGCACAACCUUUAUUUUGAAGGGGCUUUUGACACACCGCCGCGGAUGGAGGUCGUAACGUUCCAUACACCUUUUGCCGGGACCUUUGGCCUCAUUACCUGCUUUGACAUCCUCUUCUUUGAGCCCACAAUAGUCCUCCUGGAGAGGGGUGUGCGUCAGCUGAUCUUCCCCACAGCCUGGAUGAACCAGCUGCCCCUGCUGGACACCAUUCAGUUCCAGCGGGCGUUCAGCCUGGGCGCCAACGUCACGCUGCUCGCCGCCAACAUCCGCCACGAUGGACUGAUCAUGACAGGAAGUGGCGUCUACACCCCCUUCACAGCCGCCUACCACCACGCGCAGACAGGGGACCCCGAGGAGGGCCGGCUGAUCGUGGCCAGGGUGCCGGUGUUGGAGGAGGGCGGAGUCAAGGGGUGGUCCACAGACCCCCAGGACUGUCACCAAGACAUCUGUGCUUGGUCUCCACCCCCCACAGACCCCCAGGACUGUCACCAAGACAUCUGUGCUUGGUCUCCACCCCCCACAGACCCCCAGGACUGUCACCAAGACAGCUGUGCUUGGUCUCCACCCCCCACAGACCCCCAGGACUGUCACCAAGACAGCUGUGCUUGGUCUCCACCCCCCACAGACCCCCAGGACUGUCACCAAGACAGCUGUGCUUGGUCUCCACCCCCCACAGACCCCCAGGACUGUCACCAAGACAUCUGUGCUUGGUCUCCACCCCCCACAGACCCCCAGGACUGUCACCAAGACAGCUGUGCUUGGUCUCCACCCCCCACAGACCCCCAGGACUGUCACCAAGACAGCUGUGCUUGGUCUCCACCCCCCACAGACCCCCAGGACUGUCACCAAGACAGCUGUGCUUGGUCUCCACCCCCCACCUUCACCGCCUCCAUGAUGUAUGAUCCUUUUCAAUUUGUCCUCCUCAAGCACACAGAAGGCCAAGUGGAGGUGUGCCAUGGCACUUUCUGCUGUCACCUGCACUUCCAGCAGUUUCCAGUGGGGGUCAGUAAAGAGCUCUACGCCCUGGGAGCUUUUGAAGGCACUCACACAGUCAACGGGCGUUAUGCUCUGCAGGUGUGUGCGGUGGUGCGCUGUGCGGGGAUGGAGGCAGCCUCUUGUGGACAGGAAGUGGAAGAAGCAGACACUAAAUUCAACUUCACGCUUGAGGCAACAUUUGGGAGCAAAUAUGUCUACCCUUCUGUUCUGGUCAGUGCUUAUGUCCUGGAGCAGCCCGAGCACCUGGAGAAGACUGCAGGUGGGAGGAUGACCAUGAAACAUGGAAACACAGCAGGGGGGCUGAUCACCGCCUCCUUGUACGGACGUGUCUAUCACCUGGACAAACACUGAAGCACACAUGAAACAUGGCAACACUGCUUGUACGGACGUGUCUAUCACCUGGACAAACACUGAAGCACACAUGAAACAUGGCAACACUGCUUGUGCGGACGUGUCUAUCACCUGGACAAACACUGAAGCACACAUGAAACAUGGCAACACUGCUUGUGCGGACGUGUCUAUCACCUGGACAAACACUGAAGCACACAUGAAACAUGGCAACACUGCUUGUGCGGACGUGUCUAUCACCUGGACAAACACUGAAGCACACAUGAAACAUGGCAACACUGCUUGUACGGACGUGUCUAUCACCUGGACAAACACUGAAGCACACAUGAAACAUGGCAACACUGCUUGUACGGACGUGUCUAUCACCUGGACAAACACUGAAGCACACAUGAAACAUGGCAACACUGCUUGUGCGGACGUGUCUAUCACCUGGACAAACACUGAAGCACACAUGAAACAUGGCAACACUGCUUGUGCGGACGUGUCUAUCACCUGGACAAACACUGAAGCACACAUGAAACAUGGCAACACUGCCUGAAUGGACGUGUCUAUCACCUGGACAAACACUGAAGCACACAUGAAACAUGGCAACACUACUUGUGCGGGCGUGUCUAUCACCUGGACAAACACUGAAGCACACAUGAAACAUGGCAACACUGCUUGUGCGGACGUGUCUAUCACCUGGACAAACACUGAAGCACACAUGAAACAUGGCAACACUGCUUGUGCGGACGUGUCUAUCACCUGGACAAACACUGAAGCACACAUGAAACAUGGCAACACUGCCUGAAUGGACGUGUCUAUCACCUGGACAAACACUGAAGCACACAUGAAACAUGGCAACACUGCUUGUGCGGACGUGUCUAUCACCUGGACAAACACUGAAGCACACAUGAAACAUGGCAACACUGCUUGUGCGGACGUGUCUAUCACCUGGACAAACACUGAAGCACACAUGAAACAUGGCAACACUGCCUGAAUGGACGUGUCUAUCACCUGGACAAACACUGAAGCACACAUGAAACAUGGCAACACUGCUUGUGCGGACGUGUCUAUCACCUGGACAAACACUGAAGCACACAUGAAACAUGGCAACACUGCUUGUGCGGACGUGUCUAUCACCUGGACAAACACUGAAGCACACAUGAAACAUGGCAACACUGCUUGUGCGGACGUGUCUAUCACCUGGACAAACACUGAAGCACACAUGAAACAUGGCAACACUGCUUGUACGGACGUGUCUAUCACCUGGACAAACACUGAAGCACACAUGAAACAUGGCAACACUGCUUGUGCGGACGUGUCUAUCACCUGGACAAACACUGAAGCACACAUGAAACAUGGCAACACUGCUUGUACGGACGUGUCUAUCACCUGGACAAACACUGAAGCACACAUGAAACAUGGCAACACUGCUUGUACGGACGUGUCUAUCACCUGGACAAACACUGAAGCACACAUGAAACAUGGCAACACUGCUUGUGCGGACGUGUCUAUCACCUGGACAAACACUGAAGCACACAUGAAACAUGGCAACACUGCUUGUGCGGACGUGUCUAUCACCUGGACAAACACUGAAGCACACAUGAAACAUGGCAACACUGCCUGAAUGGACGUGUCUAUCACCUGGACAAACACUGAAGCACACAUGAAACAUGGCAACACUACUUGUGCGGGCGUGUCUAUCACCUGGACAAACACUGAAGCACACAUGAAACAUGGCAACACUGCUUGUGCGGACGUGUCUAUCACCUGGACAAACACUGAAGCACACAUGAAACAUGGCAACACUGCUUGUGCGGACAUGUCUAUCACCUGGACAAACACUGAAGCACACAUGAAACAUGGCAACACUGCCUGAAUGGACGUGUCUAUCACCUGGACAAACACUGAAGCACACAUGAAACAUGGCAACACUGCUUGUGCGGACGUGUCUAUCACCUGGACAAACACUGAAGCACACAUGAAACAUGGCAACACUGCUUGUGCGGACGUGUCUAUCACCUGGACAAACACUGAAGCACACAUGAAACAUGGCAACACUGCCUGAAUGGACGUGUCUAUCACCUGGACAAACACUGAAGCACACAUGAAACAUGGCAACACUGCUUGUGCGGACGUGUCUAUCACCUGGACAAACACUGAAGCACACAUGAAACAUGGCAACACUGCUUGUGCGGACGUGUCUAUCACCUGGACAAACACUGAAGCACACAUGAAACAUGGCAACACUGCUUGUGCGGACGUGUCUAUCACCUGGACAAACACUGAAGCACACAUGAAACAUGGCAACACUGCUUGUGCGGACGUGUCUAUCACCUGGACAAACACUGAAGCACACAUGAAACAUGGCAACACUGCUUGUACGGACGUGUCUAUCACCUGGACAAACACUGAAGCACACAUGAAACAUGGCAACACUGCUUGUGCGGACGUGUCUAUCACCUGGACAAACACUGAAGCACACAUGAAACAUGGCAACACUGCUUGUGCGGACGUGUCUAUCACCUGGACAAACACUGAAGCACACAUGAAACAUGGCAACACUGCCUGAAUGGACGUGUCUAUCACCUGGACAAACACUGAAGCACACAUGAAACAUGGCAACACUGCUUGUGCGGGCGUGUCUAUCACCUGGACAAACACUGAAGCACACAUGAAACAUGGCAACACUGCUUGUGCGGACGUGUCUAUCACCUGGACAAACACUGAAGCACACAUGAAACAUGGCAACACUGCUUGUGCGGACGUGUCUAUCACCUGGACAAACACUGAAGCACACAUGAAACAUGGCAACACUGCUUGUGCGGACGUGUCUAUCACCUGGACAAACACUGAAGCACACAUGAAACAUGGCAACACUGCUUGUACGGACGUGUCUAUCACCUGGACAAACACUGAAGCACACAUGAAACAUGGCAACACUGCUUGUACGGACGUGUCUAUCACCUGGACAAACACUGAAGCACACAUGAAACAUGGCAACACUGCUUGUGCGGACGUGUCUAUCACCUGGACAAACACUGAAGCACACAUGAAACAUGGCAACACUGCUUGUGCGGACGUGUCUAUCACCUGGACAAACACUGAAGCACACAUGAAACAUGGCAACACUGCCUGAAUGGACGUGUCUAUCACCUGGACAAACACUGAAGCACACAUGAAACAUGGCAACACUACUUGUGCGGGCGUGUCUAUCACCUGGACAAACACUGAAGCACACAUGAAACAUGGCAACACUGCUUGUGCGGACGUGUCUAUCACCUGGACAAACACUGAAGCACACAUGAAACAUGGCAACACUGCUUGUGCGGACGUGUCUAUCACCUGGACAAACACUGAAGCACACAUGAAACAUGGCAACACUGCCUGAAUGGACGUGUCUAUCACCUGGACAAACACUGAAGCACACAUGAAACAUGGCAACACUGCUUGUGCGGACGUGUCUAUCACCUGGACAAACACUGAAGCACACAUGAAACAUGGCAACACUGCUUGUGCGGACGUGUCUAUCACCUGGACAAACACUGAAGCACACAUGAAACAUGGCAACACUGCUUGUGCGGACGUGUCUAUCACCUGGACAAACACUGAAGCACACAUGAAACAUGGCAACACUGCUUGUACGGACGUGUCUAUCACCUGGACAAACACUGAAGCACACAUGAAACAUGGCAACACUGCUUGUGCGGACGUGUCUAUCACCUGGACAAACACUGAAGCACACAUGAAACAUGGCAACACUGCUUGUACGGACGUGUCUAUCACCUGGACAAACACUGAAGCACACAUGAAACAUGGCAACACUGCUUGUACGGACGUGUCUAUCACCUGGACAAACACUGAAGCACACAUGAAACAUGGCAACACUGCUUGUGCGGACGUGUCUAUCACCUGGACAAACACUGAAGCACACAUGAAACAUGGCAACACUGCUUGUGCGGACGUGUCUAUCACCUGGACAAACACUGAAGCACACAUGAAACAUGGCAACACUGCCUGAAUGGACGUGUCUAUCACCUGGACAAACACUGAAGCACACAUGAAACAUGGCAACACUACUUGUGCGGGCGUGUCUAUCACCUGGACAAACACUGAAGCACACAUGAAACAUGGCAACACUGCUUGUGCGGACGUGUCUAUCACCUGGACAAACACUGAAGCACACAUGAAACAUGGCAACACUGCUUGUGCGGACGUGUCUAUCACCUGGACAAACACUGAAGCACACAUGAAACAUGGCAACACUGCCUGAAUGGACGUGUCUAUCACCUGGACAAACACUGAAGCACACAUGAAACAUGGCAACACUGCUUGUGCGGACGUGUCUAUCACCUGGACAAACACUGAAGCACACAUGAAACAUGGCAACACUGCUUGUGCGGACGUGUCUAUCACCUGGACAAACACUGAAGCACACAUGAAACAUGGCAACACUGCCUGAAUGGACGUGUCUAUCACCUGGACAAACACUGAAGCACACAUGAAACAUGGCAACACUGCUUGUGCGGACGUGUCUAUCACCUGGACAAACACUGAAGCACACAUGAAACAUGGCAACACUGCUUGUGCGGACGUGUCUAUCACCUGGACAAACACUGAAGCACACAUGAAACAUGGCAACACUGCUUGUGCGGACGUGUCUAUCACCUGGACAAACACUGAAGCACACAUGAAACAUGGCAACACUGCUUGUGCGGACGUGUCUAUCACCUGGACAAACACUGAAGCACACAUGAAACAUGGCAACACUGCUUGUACGGACGUGUCUAUCACCUGGACAAACACUGAAGCACACAUGAAACAUGGCAACACUGCUUGUGCGGACGUGUCUAUCACCUGGACAAACACUGAAGCACACAUGAAACAUGGCAACACUGCUUGUGCGGACGUGUCUAUCACCUGGACAAACACUGAAGCACACAUGAAACAUGGCAACACUGCCUGAAUGGACGUGUCUAUCACCUGGACAAACACUGAAGCACACAUGAAACAUGGCAACACUGCUUGUGCGGGCGUGUCUAUCACCUGGACAAACACUGAAGCACACAUGAAACAUGGCAACACUGCUUGUGCGGACGUGUCUAUCACCUGGACAAACACUGAAGCACACAUGAAACAUGGCAACACUGCUUGUGCGGACGUGUCUAUCACCUGGACAAACACUGAAGCACACAUGAAACAUGGCAACACUGCCUGAAUGGACGUGUCUAUCACCUGGACAAACACUGAAGCACACAUGAAACAUGGCAACACUGCUUGUGCGGACGUGUCUAUCACCUGGACAAACACUGAAGCACACAUGAAACAUGGCAACACUGCUUGUGCGGACGUGUCUAUCACCUGGACAAACACUGAAGCACACAUGAAACAUGGCAACACUGCCUGAAUGGACGUGUCUAUCACCUGGACAAACACUGAAGCACACAUGAAACAUGGCAACACUGCUUGUGCGGACGUGUCUAUCACCUGGACAAACACUGAAGCACACAUGAAACAUGGCAACACUGCUUGUGCGGACGUGUCUAUCACCUGGACAAACACUGAAGCACACAUGAAACAUGGCAACACUGCUUGUGCGGACGUGUCUAUCACCUGGACAAACACUGAAGCACACAUGAAACAUGGCAACACUGCUUGUGCGGACGUGUCUAUCACCUGGACAAACACUGAAGCACACAUGAAACAUGGCAACACUGCUUGUGCGGACGUGUCUAUCACCUGGACAAACACUGAAGCACACAUGAAACAUGGCAACACUGCUUGUGCGGACGUGUCUAUCACCUGGACAAACACUGAAGCACACAUGAAACAUGGCAACACUGCCUGAAUGGACGUGUCUAUCACCUGGACAAACACUGAAGCACACAUGAAACAUGGCAACACUGCUUGUGCGGACGUGUCUAUCACCUGGACAAACACUGAAGCACACAUGAAACAUGGCAACACUGCCUGAAUGGACGUGUCUAUCACCUGGACAAACACUGAAGCACACAUGAAACAUGGCAACACUGCUUGUGCGGACGUGUCUAUCACCUGGACAAACACUGAAGCACACAUGAAACAUGGCAACACUGCUUGUGCGGACGUGUCUAUCACCUGGACAAACACUGAAGCACACAUGAAACAUGGCAACACUGCUUGUGCGGACGUGUCUAUCACCUGGACAAACACUGAAGCACACAUGAAACAUGGCAACACUGCUUGUGCGGACGUGUCUAUCACCUGGACAAACACUGAAGCACACAUGAAACAUGGCAACACUGCUUGUGCGGACGUGUCUAUCACCUGGACAAACACUGAAGCACACAUGAAACAUGGCAACACUGCUUGUACGGACGUGUCUAUCACCUGGACAAACACUGAAGCACACAUGAAACAUGGCAACACUGCUUGUGCGGACGUGUCUAUCACCUGGACAAACACUGAAGCACACAUGAAACAUGGCAACACUG